AUGACCAAUAUACUUGCUCGACUGGGAGAACAGCAGGGUCAAACCCCUGUUAAUCAACCUAGGAACCCUGAAAUGAGGCAAGAUAGGGCUCUAGAGAGAUUCCAAAAGUUUUCUCAUCCUAAAUUUCUUGGAAGACCGAACCCUGAGGUAGGUGAGAGGUGGUUAGACACGAUGAUCAAUAUUUUCGCUGUCUUAAACUAUACGGAGGAUAGGCAGGUGAAUUUUGUUGUAUUUCAGUUUGAGGGACCAUCGAGAACCUGGUGGAACGUAAUUAGGGCUAAAUGGGAAAGAGAAGGGACCGCAUGGACCUGGUUGAAUUUCGUACAGGAGUUUAACGAGAAAUAUCUUCCACCGAUAGUUCAGGAGAAGAGGGAGGAUGAUUUUAUUAAACUCCGUCAGGAAACCCUAAGUGUAUCUGAGUAUGAGACUCAGUUUACUAAGCUAUCCAAGUUUGCUCCUAAAUUAAUAGUUACGGAGCAAAGGAGAAUAAGGAGAUUUGUACAGGGACUCAAUGUAGAAAUACAGGAGGCCUUGGCGGCGGCACAAAUUAAUACUUUUACGGAGGUUCUGGAGAAAGCCUAG